ACAAUCUGUCACAAGGCAGGAACAACUCAGGACCAUGAGAGCAGCCAGGAUCCUUGUGGAAUGGGUGGUUCCUUGGCUCACCUUCUGCCUCGGACUAUCCACAGCCACUAGGAUGAUUCAGAAAGUGAGCCCAAUGACAGUUAUAACAGAAGCAAGACCUUCUCACAACAACCAGUUCUGCAGCACAUGGGGAAAUUACCACUUCAAGACGUUUGAUGGAGAUUUCUUCCAGCUUCCCUCCACUUGCGACUACAUCUUUACAUCCCAGUGUAAGACCACCUACGAGAGUUUCAACAUCCAGAUCCAGCGACAGGAGGUGGAUGGGGAAGUCCCCAUCAAGAGAGUCAUGAUGAAGCUGGAUGGAGUUUUGGUGGAAUUGGUCAACUCUUCAGUAAAAGUCAAUGAUAAACUUGUCUCCUUACCAUUCAGCAAGCGUGGCAUUUCAAUUGAGAAAACAUCGUCCUACAUUAAGUUGGAUGCUAAGCUGGGACUGGUUUUCAUGUGGAAUCAAGAGGACUCCAUCUGGGUGGAGCUGGAUGCUAAAUUUAAGAACCAAACUUGCGGCUUGUGCGGCGACUUCAAUGAAAUCCAGAAAUACAAUGAGUUCAUCCAGAUGGGGAUUCCUGUAAGUCCUGAAAUUUUUGCAGAGGCCUUCAAAGUUACUGGUCCUGAAAAUGUUUGUAACAUAAUCACCCCUCAAGCCCCAGCAAAUUGUUCAAAUCAGAUUGACAACGCUGACAUCUGCAAGAAGCUGCUGAAUGGCCCUGCGUUCUCAAGCUGUUGGGACCUGAUUAUUACUGAUGCUUUCAUUGAAGCCUGCACAGCAGACCUUUGCUCCUGUAAAGGCAGCAGCUCAUGCUUGUGUUCGACUGUGUCGGAGUACUCCCGGCAGUGCGCUCAUGCAGGAGGAAGACCACAGCAGUGGAAGACCGAAAAGCUGUGUGCCAAAUCUUGCCCUUUCAACAUGGAGUAUAUGGAAUGUGGUAGUUCUUGCAUCGACACCUGUAAAAAUCACCACAAGAGUCAGAUGUGUGAUGAGCACUGCAUUGAUGGCUGCUUCUGCCCAGAUGGAACCGUCUUUGAUGAUAUCUCCCAAAGUGGAUGCGUUGCUCUGAACCAGUGCCCCUGCUAUUAUGAUGGACAGGUUUACCUACCUGGGGAAUCAUUAUCCAAGCCAUGUAAAACAUGUCACUGUACUGAUGGUUCGUGGCAGUGCACAGAUAAGGACUGUCCUGGGAUCUGUUCCAUCCGAGGAGGCUCUCACUUUUCCACCUAUGAUGAUCACCGCUAUAAUUUCCAUGGAGACUGUGUGUAUGUUUUGUCCAAGGCUUCUAACGGGGCUUUUAGUGUGCUUGGUGAUUUGGGCAACUGUGAUACAUCAGACGAAUCAACUUGCCUGUCAGGCAUCACUGUACUUCAGAAUAAUACGAUGAUUGAAAUCAAAGCCGACGGAAAAAUAUUUUACAACAAUGUGGUCUUUCAACCUCCUCUUUUCAUGGACGAUUUUACAAUCUUCAGCCCAUCUUCCUUUUUUAUUAUGCUCCACACCUCCUUCGGAUUGAAUCUUGAGAUUCAGCUUGUGCCCACCAUGCAGCUCUACAUCAAAGCAGAUGUUUCCUUAAAGGGAAGCCUUAAGGGUCUUUGUGGAGAUUUUGAUCAUAAUUCACUCAACGACUUCACAACUACGUAUGGACUGAUUGAAGGAACGGCAGCAACGUUUGCCAACACGUGGAAGACCAAAUCAAGCUGCGAAGACGUAACAAACCAACUUAGUGACCCCUGCUCUUCAAGCAUUGGCAAAGAAAGAUAUGCCAAGAUCUGGUGCUCACUCCUGACAAACCCAGAUGGAGUUUUUUCAAUUUGCCAUUCUGUAAUAGACCCAAAAGAUUUUGAAACUUCUUGCCUUUAUGACACUUGUGCAUGUGAAAACAGCGAGGAUUGCAUGUGUGCUGCCUUGUCCUCAUACGUCCAUGCCUGUGCUGCUAGAAAUGUCAUGAUUGUGGAUUGGAGAGAAAAUGUCUGCGACAAAUACACACAAAGCUGCUCUUCUAACUUUGUGUAUGACUACGACAUGAAGAGCUGCGGUCGUACGUGCCGCUCUCUGACUCAGUCGGACCUCACGUGUGGGAUUGACUUUACCCCGGUGGACGGCUGCGGCUGUGCUAAAGGAACCUAUCUAGAUGAGAAAGGAGAGUGUGUGUCAGCCUCACAGUGCUCCUGUUAUGUCGGGGCAAAUGUGAUACGGCCUGGGGUGAUCACCAGGGUCCAAGGACAAACAUGGUAAAGUUUUGUUUUUACACUUAAACUUAUACACUGAGCUGUACCAAUCCAUCAUGGUGAAGCGAAAGCUGAGCCAAAAGGAGAAACUCUCAAUUUACU